ACCUCGCGAGCGUUCCGGAUUUCUGUCGCGACGAGGCUCGGCCUGGGUCCGGGAGCAGAGCUUUCGCCGUCCGGCCCGGGUUCGAACCCCGCCGCAGUGGACGCGCACCGCCUCGCGCCUGCCCUUCCGUUUCUCAGUUCCAGGACGCCUCCAGGACGCCUCCAGGACGCCUCCAGGACGCCUCCAGGACGCCUCCAGGACGCCUCCGGGACGCCUCCAGGGCUCCAGUCCGGGGCCCAGGUCCAGGGCAGCUCCAGAAGUCAGCCUUUUUUCCGGCGCGCCGCGGCCCGUACGCCCCCUCCCGGCUAAAUUGAGGCCAGCGCCAGCCCGACCAACAUGCCCAGCAAGCAGACGGUGUCGUCGGUGUCCUCGGGCACGGCGAGCAGCACCACGGCGACGUCGCCCCAGCACCCCGCCACCCCGACCUCCCCCGCGACCGUGACGUCGGCCACCUCGACGCCGCCGUCGGCGUCCCCCAUGGGCCCCGUCGGCGGCGUGCUCCCGCCCGGCGUCCCCGGCAGCAAGAUCCUCGGCAGGAACACGAACGGCACCGUGGUCAUGACGUCCGUGCCCAGCAACGAGGCCGAGCUGCAGCUCUACCGGGUCAUGCAGAGGGCCAGCCUGCUGGCCUACUACGACACGCUGCUCGAAAUGGGCGGUGACGACGUCCAGCAGCUGUGCGAGGCCGGCGAGGAGGAGUUCCUGGAGAUCAUGGCCCUGGUGGGCAUGGCCAGCAAGCCGCUGCACGUGCGGAGGCUGCAGAAGGCCCUGCAGGAGUGGUUCAACAACCCAGCCCAGUUCCAGAUGCCGCUGGGGCCGACGCCGGCCUUCCCCGUGACGGUGCCGCGGCCCGUCGCCUGCAGUGCGGCGCCGCAGAGCACCACGCACCCGGGUACGCUCCCCGCCCCCCGCUCGAGUCCGGGGCCCGGCAGCGCGCCGUCGCCAGCCCCGGACCACCUGGGCAGGCUGUUGUCCCCCGUCACCGUCAGGUCCACCUCGACCCCUCCCUCGCCGUCCCGCUCGCCCGCGGACCACGCGCAGAACUCUGUAGGGAGCGUGCCGACUGACUUCUCCAGUGCUUCCACCACCACCACCACGACCACCUCCACAAACAAUCAACACAACCACCAGCACAACCACCACAGCCAGCACCACCACCCCUACCACCACCACGUCUCGCCGUCGACGUCCCCGCUCCAGGGCGGCCCCGGGCGGCCGCUGCCUCCGCCGCUGUCCUCGCCGACGCCGUCCUCGACGCCCAUGUCGCUGUCCACCCGGUCGACGUCGCCCAGCCUGCAGCUCACCCCGGUGCUGCUGGAGUCCCAGGUGCAGAGGCUGGCCGAGGCGGCCAGGAACCUGUCCAGGACGCUGCCGUCGUGCCAGCCCAAGCCGCAUAACACCAAGAAGAAGGUGUGCAAGGACCUGGAGCUGGUCAUCAACAUGUCCGACGACGACCCGCGCCGCAUGGACGAGGUCCGCAAGUACGCCGCCAUCUACGGCCGCUUCGACUGCAAGCGGAAGCCCGAGAAGCCGCUCACGCUGCACGAGGUGUCCGUGAACGAGGCGGCGGCCCAGAUCUGCCGGUUCGUGCCCGCCCUGCUGACGCGCCGCGACGAGCUGUUCCCGCUGGCCAGGCAGGUGGUCCGGGACUCGGGCUACCUCUACUCCAAGGGCCACACCAACCUCUCCUACUACCGGCCGCGCUGCCCCAGCAGCGACGACAUCCUCACGGCGGGGCACAAGAGGCCCAAGCUGGAGCCCAGCGGGUCGCCGUCCCCGGACUCCAGCGAGGGCGACCACCGGCCGGAGCAGCAGCGGAGACAGGAGCGCCUGGAGGCUGUGUCCGAGGAGCUGCGCGCCCUGGCCGAGCGGCACGACGACCUGCUGGCCGACGGCGUGCACGACGGCCUGCACGACGUGGUGGCGCUGCACGCGGUGCGCGACGCGCUGCAGGCCCGGCAGAUGGCGCUGCAGGCCGAGCAGGCCGAGCUGCUGCGACAGACGCUGCAUCCGAGGUACCGGCGGACGUCCAGGGUGCGGUCGUCCUCCCUGACGAUGGACUCGGAGCGCGGCGACACCGACGACGACUCCCAGAUGUCCUUCAGCAAUGCGAGCUCACCGUCCCAGGAGGUCACCGACUCCCGAGAUUCGGAAACAGCGGAACGGGAGAGAGGAUCCAGGAGUCCUGGGAAAGGAGGUGGGCAGGACGGUCUGCUGGACGCCACCAUGGUGGCGAAUGGCGUUUCACCGUACACUGACAGUUUCUACAGAGAGAGCAAAGUGCAGGUGAUCGCCUCCAGAGGCGCCGACAUCAUCGCCGUGGCCAACCCCGCCCUGUCCAUGUCGGCCGCCAUCCUGGCCGAGUCCAAGAGCCCCAAAGGCACGCCCAAGGGAAGCCCCAAGGGCAGCCCCCCGCCCAGCCUGGCGGCGCUGGCCAACGCCAACAGCCUCCUCAAGCUGGAGCCCCAGUCGCCGCCGCAGUCCCCCGAGACGGUCCAGUGACUCCACCUGCAGCCCGACUCGCGCCAAGCGGAGAAGCCACCGUCCAAACGACCCUCCCUCCCGCCGGACACACUGUCCGGACGACUUGUUUUGUUGUGAAUUAAGUUGUUGUGCCUCUGCCUGAUAGACUGUAUAAUGAUAUGCCCCACGAUUCGGUUGGCAUAGAAAUGUUAUCUGUUGCUGUAAAGUUUUGUUAUGUAUUGCCGUUACUUUAGAUUAACGCAUCUUGCGUGCUGACUGAUUAAGACUAUAAACAACCGAGGAAGGAGCUUCGUAAAUGCUGUGUUAUUUAUAUUUCAAACUUUAAAAAAUUAAAGAUGAUUUCUUCCGAUUA